AUGGGGUCGGUAGCAAUUGAAGUGUCGAAAGUAGUGGUCUCUAAGAGAGGAGUUUGUUUUAAUACCACUGUCACUGCCCAGCCAGGUCAAGAUCCUGGCGACCGCAGUUCACCAUCCUUGCUUCUGGCUUCAUCGGAGGAGGAAGCGGCGGCUGAUGUCCAGACAUCCAAGUAUGGAAAGCUCUUUCGCAUUCCAGGAGUGGAUAGCUUUGUCGCCGAUUUUGUCCACAAUCCGGAGUUCGAAUGCAUUCGGAGAAAGCUGGUGCACACCUUUAGCCAGAUCGAUGUCCUCAAAGUUGGGAGCAUGUUUACUGGAUGGGCAGUACUAGAGAUGGUAUUGGAUGCAUUGAAGGCUGAAUGGAAUGCAGCUUGUUCCACACCCUCUGAUGCCCUCCUUGAGCCGCCCAACUUGCGCCAGGUGCAGCUUUGCUUCAUGGUAGAAAUCGACGAAGCGAAGUCGGAGUAUUCCAUCAUCCAGAAACGCUUGAACAGGUUGGGGUACUCGGUGGCCGCAGGGAUGCACAACACUGCGGACUUCGGACUACCGCAGCAGAGGCGACGGGCCUGGAUUCUUUGCCACCUUGAGGAUGAAGUCCAGUGUUCGGCUGCUGCUCUAACCUUGGAUGUCAACCGUUUCCAGCGGUGCAAUGUUCCCCUGAGCGCCUGUUUGGAGUCAACCCAAAACCCGGUGACCAGUGGCUCUCUUUCAAGGAAAUCUAAGAGGGACAUCACCAAGGAGAAGAAGUGGGAACAGGGAUUCGCCCAACAAUGCGAGGUCUAUGGGAAGGUGAAGCUUCAGAAGCGUGUUGCAGAACUCAAACAGCUGGCGGUUGGAUGCAGCGAUAGGGAGCUUAGCAUUCUGGCUGACCAGAACUUUGAUCGCGCCACCUUCCCAAGAUCGGAUGUGUCGACUAUGACAUGUAUCAUUCCUGGCGGAAAGUAUGUGGCCACAGGGCCUGGUGGAUUUCAUAUCCUCUCGGCCAAGGAUGCUCAUGGGGAGCUUGCGCGCCUCCAGGGUGUGGGAACUACAGAGUGGCUCAAGUAUCGCAUGGCGGACAAGUCUGACCACUCGAUGCGCUCUUUCAUUGGGAAUGACUUCAGCCGAGGAGGCUUCUUCAACACGAGCAUUUUGCAGUGGAGCUUCGCCAACGACAGCUUCUGGCGGUUGCCAGAUAUGGCGACAGUCAUGGACAUAGCGAAGAGCAUCGCCCUUGUGGGUUGGCGCGAGGGUGAGAUCUUGGGUAUGCGGAUGCCACCUGAUGGGACAACAGAUCUCCAGGAUGCUUCUCUGCAGAACACUUUGUACUUCGAUGACGGAGGUAUGAGGGGCCUCGCAUGUGCCUUGAUCUGGUGCAGCCUUUUGUACCAUGGCACUACCAUGAAGGAUGAAGAUCUUUCACAUCCAGCUAUGGCGGAUCUGGCAAGAUCCCUUCUUGCCAUUCCAACCUUUCACCGAGACCUUUCAGCUGAUGAGAACAUGGGAAUGAUUCGCCGCAUCAUCAAACAGAACGUGGACUCCAAAAAGCAGGCAGUUUCUUCCUAUGAAUGGUCCAUGAUUUUGAGGAACUUGGCUGAGGGAAAGCCUAAAGGCAAGGCACUGACGGUGAGCGAUGCCAUCGACUUGUACAACUCCAAUCCAGAGGACAAAUCUGGUGCAGGAUCCCUGGUGUUGGAUUCCAAGAAGCAGUACGCUAUCAAGCAUUGGCUUGAGCUAUGUGGAACUGCAGCGCAUGAGCAAGUUCAAAUCGCUUUGCGGGACGGGCCAUUCCAAUUCGGACCGUUUGGUGAGCAGCUCAGUGUCAUGAAGUUCUUGUUCUUGGACUCUACAGUGGGUUUGAGCCCUAUGACAACAUCGGAGUUGGCACCAGCUAGUCAUGAGGCUACCAUGACCAUCAAUUGGGCUCUCCCACUCGACGCCUUUACACAAGGAAUUCUGUUCACCAGGAUCCGGUUGACCUUUGAAAGGGCGACGGCAAUCAUUGAUCAGCCGGCAGAUCGAAAAAAAUACCGAAUGUCGGAAGAAGACCUUCUAGCCCUCAGGAACCUACUAUGUGUCUGGUCCCAGAUUAGAUCUUUCUGUGCCACCCGCAUCAAGAACUUCACUGAGCUGCAGAAAGCACUGUGCACGGGAAACUCGAAGGAUCACGAGUUGCAGGCAGUGAUUGAUGGCCGGCCAUCACAAUUCGGUGUUUCUAUGCUACCAUCAGCUCAAAAAGAAGCACUUGAUGCCAUCAGGGCUCAAGAAGAGGGGGCCAGUAUGGAGGUUGAGAAGGAACGCUUGGCAGUGAGGGAAGCUCGAUGGAAUUUCUUCAAAAGUGCACUGCUUCGUGACCAAGAAAAACUUCAGUUGACCCAGGAAGCUCCUAAGAAGCUGGAAGCAUUGAAACACCGGAAGCAAGUGGCAUGGCGUCUCGAGCAAUCGAAGGUUGGAGAAAAGGUCAUCAAGUCCUACAUGGAUAAAUAUCUCCGCUGCGAUUUGGUUGGCAAGCCUGAGCUGGCCCAGCAGAAGAUCAAUGAGUUCCGCUCCUUCGUGGCCCAAUCUUGUGGAUGCACAGCUGAUCAAGACCUUUACUGCAUUUGCAUUGUUGACCUCAAUGUGCCUGGUGCCAAGAGCAGCGAAACCCUGUCAGAGCUUUGCUCAUGUUUGCAGUUCGCAAACGACCUGUCGCCCAACAAGUCAGCAGGACUUAUGGAACUGCCAGAAGUGGCAAAAAAAUCAUCCAAGAGAGGGUUGGCAGAUGAGGAAGCUGAGCUUCAAACUUGCCUAUGGUCCCUUCGCCAAAGCUGCGACAGCCGGUGGGUGUGUCCUUUCAACGUCCACCCGACGGCGGAGGCACAGACAAAUCGCAGGAGGUUCAAUCUGGGCCGAUUGGUAUGCAAUGUCGACAGCAUGGCUGAGAAUGUCUUCACCACCAGCUCUGAGCUGGGUCUAUGUGGCCGGCCACUUCAAUUUGAUGAUGACAUCCUGUUGCCACUAUCCAAGGACAUGAUCCUGCCCGAAAGCUUGGACACUGAGUCUGACUUGAAGCAGGCUGAGCGGCAACGGCCCAGCCACGAAGCGUGCCAAGCACAGAAAGGCACACGGAGGUGGGAGGCGCUACUGCAAAGCAUGCUGACCAUCAAUGGCGAGAACAUGAAGGGGAAACCGUGCAUCGUUUUGAACCUCACAGGGUACAUUGAGGAUGUGGGCUGUGCGGUUUUUCAAAUGCGGUUGGCCAACAAAGAGUUCAAAGGUGGCUUCAAAACGGACAUGCUCUUUUACCAGUCUGUCCAAUGGAUCAUGAAGGACACCUUCGGUCAGGCCAGACUCGCGCGUGAAGUGACAGAUUCAUGGAUUGGCCGGAAAUUCGAGCAUGGUGGACAGCGCUUCAGCUUGGAGGUGCCAGAAUUGAGCCAGUCCGAAAUCGAUAGCAUUCCAGGGGCCCAAGCAUCAUUGGGAAAUCUGGACUCCUUGAAAUUCGAAGUUCUGGAGAGGGUCAAUGACCGGAUGCUGAUAAAGUCUGACGAGCACAAGUUCUGGGCUUCACAAACAGGAGGCAUCUUGACCGAGUAUGAGGCCCUCCGGCAUCGGCACCUUGAUUUGGUGGGUCAGUCUGUGGCAGUCGCUGCUGCUCCUGAGGAGCCAAGUGCUUCGGGUGAGGGGGAGAAGCCGGAAAAUCCUCCGACCACCCCGACUACAGAACUGGAAUCCGUGGCCAAGCUGCAGGAAACCAUCGGAAUUGAGCUGAGGGUGCCCAGCGAGUGUAGUCAUGUAGAACUCAUUCUUGGAGCUGACAAAUCGGUGUGGCUGGUCAGUAGCCAACAAAAGACACUCAGCAAGUACUCUGUCUUGGGCGGAUACGGAACCGGCCAAUGGAUGCCAGAGGGUGAGUGUUCUGAAGGGGGCGUUCCCUUUGUGUGCAAGGACGAUCGCGCUCUUGUACAGAUCGAUGAAAGCUCCUUCUCAACAGAAGCACAAGGUUUCUCAACUCUGACUCUAUACCAGCUACUGUUGAGAGCAGAAAGCCAGAAAAACAUUACCGAACACCGCUUUUCGUUCCUGCAGAUCGACCGGAAGGCUGCAGUCGAGGCCGGUGAGGAUGGCUUUGAGAUCAAGGUGAAGAGUGCCAUGGUUUUCCGUUGCCUACGGGAUCCCCGAGCAUUUGGUGCGCAAGGUAAGGUGGAGGAACGCAUCACCGCAAAGAACUUCUUUUCAAAGUGUGUCGGCCAUACCCUUCCCAAGGAGUCGGCUGUCACCGUUUUCCGGUACAGGUUCGAACGUGUGGGCCAAAAUUUCAAGAUCCAGCGGCCCUACAUGAUCACAUCACGUUCUCUUACGCUUCAGAAGGAUAAACCUUUGAAGCUCGCAUAG